AUGUAAAUGAGAUGUAAUUAAGCUGAUCAUUUAAAUUAACAGCUAAUUGGAGUUUGCAUUGAUAGUAAAUGCCAAUAGUAAAGACCUUAUUGUAAUUUUUGCCUGGCUAGUCAUGGUCAACACUUAAACAAGUUAUUAGAACUUAUAGAUGAUUGGAUUCGUAAAAGAGUACUAAUUAUCCAGAAUGUUUUAUAAAAGACUUGUGAGUGCAAAUUAGCCCUUGAUAGUCUUCUAAAUAAAUUUAUUAAUUUAUACAAUAUUAUUUUGGUAUAGCUACCUAAAUUAGGGCUUUCAUAGAUCGACAACAUUAUUAAAGGUUUAAGUUUAAUUGAUUUAUGGGAGAAAACUUUACUUAACUAAUUCCAAUAAUCUAUCGAAUAAAUUAUAUAGAAAGUUAAAGAAAUUUUUGAAAACCAAAAAAAAUAAACAAAUGCAGAUAAUUUAUAAAUUUUAAAUCCUUUUAACAUCAAAGAAUAGAUUUUUGAAUAAAAAUUAAAUCUAAAUCCCAUUAAAUACAAUCUAAAAUCAUUCACUUUUGAAUUGAUUAAUUAAAAUUCUAUUCAAUAAAAGGAAUAUUGCUAUGCAAUCGAAAUUAAUAAAGAUAACUCAAUUGUUGUAGCAGGGUGUGGUAAGUAAAUUAAAGUAUUUGAUCUCAAAUAAGGAAAAUUAAAUCAAUCAUAACUCUUAAGUGAUCAUUAAUAAAAUGUAUUAACAUUAAACUUUAUGAAGAAAUCAAAUCAUUUUGUAUCUGGAAGUUAUGAUAAGUUAAUUAUAAUAUGGUAGAUGAAUCAAAAUAAUUAAUGGACUUACUAACACAAAUUGUAUGGACAUUCUGAUAGUAUUAGUACUUUAAUAUUGAAUAAUAAUGAAGAUGUUAUUAUUUCAGGUAGUUAUAAUAAUGAUUCAUCUAUUAAAUUUUGGAAUAAAUAAAAUGGAUGGUUGUGUUAAUAAACCAUUAAAGAUCAUACUCAUAAUGUCUAUUCAUUAAGUUUAAAUGAAAAAUAAGAUAAAUUGAUAUGUUGUUCAUAAGAUCAAUAAAUAUUAGUAAUUGAAUAUUCUUAGAAUGAUUAGAUAUGGAAUGUGAUUUAAAAGAUAAAAGUAGAAUAAUAUGGAUAUCGAUUGAGUUUUAUAAAUGAUAAUUAAUUCACAUUCUAACCUUAUAAUAAAGAAUGUAUGCAUGUAUAUGAGAAUAAUAGUAAUAAUCAAUAAUUUGUUAAGAUCAACCAGAUUACUGUAAAAUCUGGUUCAAAUAGUUGUGCUAAUCUAUUUCCAUAAUAAUACUUAAAAUGUAAAUGUCUUUUAGUGAAUAAGAAUGGUUAAAAUAUCAACUUAAUAAGGAAGAAGGAAAACGGAGAUUUUGUAACUGAGUAAACUAUUUAAAUUGAUCAUCAUUAUAUUUUUGGUUAAUUAAGUGAUGAUGGUGAAUAUCUAAUCACUUGGGAUUAAAAAUCAAAGGAAAUACAAACUAGAAAAUGCAAAGAAUUAUGA